CGCGAUCAGGGCAACGCAACGUCAGUAUCGCGGAUUGCCAUGGUGAGCGCGCGUUGUCCCAAAGUGGAAUCGCGAUGACAUGUGGAGUGCAUUUUCGCGGCGCAUCGUGAACUUGUGCACAAGAAGGCAUCACGAAAGUGGUCGUGAACGGGCCCCGAAAUUUAAAAAAGGGUCUCCCAUUCUGACGAAUGACAGUAAUUCCAAUACACGGUACACGAUGCCAAUAACCAACAUAAACGAUGAAGAAGUGUCGCAGUACCUCACAACCCACCCAGAAUUCCUCGAGCGCUACGUCAUGGACGAGGUCGAGGUCGAACAGCUCGAGCGCUGGAUCAUCAGGAAAUCGCAGCGCCUCAAGAAAAAAACCGAGACGGCCGCCGCGUGCCGCAACGGCCGCAAAACCUCCCUGUCGCGCUGGAAGUUCUGCGUGCACGCAGACAAAAGACAGAUGCUGCAAGAUCUGACGCACAGCCUGCAGCUGAGGCCCACGAAGGACCACGUGCUGUGGGAGCUCGCCAACUGCAUAUGCUCGGCGGUCAGUGCCGACGGUUUCCGGCUGUACGUGGCUGACAAGGACGACCCUGAGAACCUGUGCCUGUUCCUAGGUCCCGAGUGCAAGACGGAGAAUGGUGAGCCGCGGCUCCAGCGAAUCAAAAACGGUGUUGUUCUGCCUGGCUAUGUAGCCAGCCGCCUCGAGCCGGUGCGUUACUCCAGAGGAGACUGCGAUUCGCGAUUUCCCGACGGAAUACCCAAUGAGGGAGAAAUGGCACAUUUUCAGUGCCAACCAAUCAUCCAACCAGAUGGGCAACUGGUGGCCGUUUUGGAGCUUCUUAGAAGAGAAGCUGGAGGACCGUUUUAUGAAGAAGACGAAGAAAUUGCUUCCAGCUAUUUGGUGUGGGGUGGAAUUGCCCUGCAUUACGCGCAUUUGUAUCUUAAUAUGAACAAACAGAAGAGACUUAACGAUUUUUUGUUGGCAGUUGUCAAGUCCAUUUUCCAGGACAUGGUGAGCAUGGACGCGCUGGUAAUAAAAAUAAUGAACUUCGCUCAGCGAUUGGUGGACGCGGACAGAGCCUCCUUGUUCCUCGUCGACGCGAAAAAUCAGGAGCUGUACGCUACCAUUUUCGACGUUGGCAUAGAAAACCAGGAGGAGGACGAUGGAAAAGUCGCGGGAGACACCGAGGAGUUCCUCAGGGUUCACACCUCGAAGGAAAUCAGGUUCCCGUUGGGCACAGGCAUAGCCGGACAGGUGGCCAUGACUGGAGAAGUGCUGAACAUCAAGGACGCCUAUGCUGACACGAGGUUCAACAGAACGGUAGAUCAAUUAACAGGUUAUCAGACAAAAACAAUCCUAUGCAUGCCGAUAUUCAUCAGAGGGUCUGUGAUCGGCGUGGUUCAGAUGGUGAACAAGCACGUUGGAUGCUUCACGUCUGAGGACGUUGAUGCGUUCGAGAUGUUUGCGGUGUACUGCGGUCUGGCUCUUCACCACGCCAAACUCUACGACAAGAUCAGGAAGAGCGAGCAAAAGUACAAAGUGGCCCUGGAGGUGCUCAGCUAUCACAACACCUGCACCGAAGAGGAACUGCAGUGCACUCAGACGAACGGCUUAAAAGAAAACGUAGCAGGCAUUGACGACUAUUACUUUAACCCCUUCAAGCUGGAGGACUACGACAAGGCUCGGCACGCCAUCUACAUGUUCGUCGAUCUCUUCGGGGCCAACAAGUUUGACGAGUGCAGCCUGCUUAAAUUCACUUUAACGGUGAAGAAGAAUUACCGGAGGGUUCCGUACCACAAUUGGACCCACGGCUUCUCCGUCGCCAACUGCAUGUACUGCAUCUUGAAGCACACCAAGGACGUUUUCAAGCCCAUGGAGGCUUUGGCUUUGUUCACAGCCUCCCUUUGUCACGACCUGGAUCACAGAGGCAAAAACAAUAAAUUCAUGUCGGAUACCGAGUCUCCUUUGGCAGCCAUUUAUUCCACAUCCACAAUGGAACACCAUCACUUUAACCAGACCGUCACCAUUUUACAACAGGAGGGCCACAACAUUUUCUGCAAACUCUCCCAUGACGAGUACAAGGAGGUGCUCAGUCUCCUCAAGCACUGCAUUCUGGCCACUGACCUGGCAGUGUUUUUCCCCAACAAAGCCAAGCUGUCCAAGUUGGUGCAAGAGAACUCAUUCGAUUGGCACGACCAGGAGCAUCGGCUGCUAAUCCAGGCCAUAUCGAUGACGGGCAGCGAUCUAAGCGCAAGCGCCAAACCUUGGGACAUCCAGUCGGAAACUGUCAAGGUCAUUUUCGAGGAGUUCUAUCAGCAAGGUGACGCCGAAAGGGCAAAUGGCAAGAUUCCCAUACCCAUGAUGGACCGCAAGCAGCCAGACCAUCAACCCGCCUCUCAAGUGGGCUUCUUGAUGGGCAUAUGCGAGCCAUGCUACGCCCUUUUGGACGCCCUUUUGCCUGAGACGCGACCUCUGCUGGAAAUGUGUCGGGAGAAUUUGGAGAGAUGGCGCCAAAUCGACAAGUCCAUCCAGGAGAAAGACAAUUAAGAGUGUUUUCCUGUUUUUUAACUAACUCUUCUCUCCAGUGAUAUCUUGUACCUGUUUUGUAUUUAUUCUAGGUGAGUCAGUUCACUUUUUUGCAAAUCCGGAAAAAAUAAAAUUAUAUAUAUUUUAAGCCGUUUUUCGAUCAGAGGCACCAUUAAUUAGUUAUUAAUAAAAUAAAGCAGCCAAUCACAGGCGUGUUUUAGCAGAAUUAUUAGAGGUGGGAGAACUAUAAUU